AUGGCUGCCAAAGAACAAGGCAAGCCCCUAGCCCCAGCCAACUCAUACCAUCUCCGCAGUGAUGAAGAAGAAGUUAUCGUCUCCUCACACAUAAAGCUCUGCCAAAGAAAAUAUGUAAUGUGCUGUGGCUGUGUCUCGGCUCUCUUCUUAAUCAUAGCCGUAACUGCCAUAGUUCUCGGGUUCACGGUGCUUCACGUAAAGAGCCCGAGGAUCGAGAUGAACAACGUCACAAUCCAACAGCAGCCGAAGGUUGCCAACGGAGCCCUACGCUCGGAUACUAAUGUGACACUCCUAGCUGAUGUCUCGAUCAAGAACCCUAACGUGGCAUCUUUCAAGUAUGGGAACACAACCACCAGGGUUUUCUACAACGGGACGGAGGUGGGCCAGGGGAGGACUCCGGCAGGGGUAGCAAAGGCGAGGAGGACGAUGAGGAUGAACGUGACGGUGGAUAUUGUUCCCGAGGAGAUCUCGGUGGUGCCGGGGUUCACGAACGAGGUGGCAUCAGGGAAGUUGACGGUGAGCACUUAUACAAGGAUUAAAGGUAAGGUGAAAAUUCUUAUGGUCAAUAAAAAUGUGGUGGUUGAAUUGAAUUGUAGCAUGACGUACAAUUUUGCAAACACGGGGAUUGAAGAAGAGGACUGCAAGCGAAGGGUUAGUCUUUGA